CAUAUCGUUAAACGGUGAACAAUAACAAUGUCUGUUUCUCGAGUUGAAGAGUUAAUCAAUUAUUUUAGGUCCCAUAAUAAGAUUAGGGAACAACAAAGUCAUUCUGCCAAAGUACACAGUGUAGGAUGGAGUUGCGACGGAAAACUUUUGGCUUCGGGUUCAUUUGAUAAGUCUGUUUGUAUAUUUUCCUUGGGACCGGAUCGUCUGAAACAAGAGACAACUUUUAGAGGACAUGGUGGUAGUGUAGAUCAACUAUGCUGGCAUGCUUUUUACCCUGAACUAUUGUCCACAGCAAGUGGAGAUAAAACUGUACGCAUAUGGGACACAAGAACUCAAAAGUGUACUGCAAAUAUCAGCACAAGGGGAGAAAAUAUCAAUAUUUCAUGGUCUCCUGAUGGCAACACAAUAGCAGUAGGAAACAAAGAAGACUUGGUAACUUUCAUUGAUGCACGUGUGAUGAAAAUUCGUGCAGAGGAACAGUUCAAUUUUGAAGUGAAUGAAAUUUCUUGGAACAAAGACUCUGAUACAUUUUAUCUUACAAAUGGUCAAGGCUGUGUACAUAUUCUUAGUUAUCCAGAUUUAGAAUUAUUACAUGUAAUUAAAGCACAUCCAGGGACAUGCAUUUGCAUAGAAUUUGAUCCUACUGGAAGGUACUUUGCUACUGGCUCAGCAGAUGCAUUAGUUUCACUAUGGGAUGCAGAUGAAUUAUGCUGUUUAAGGACAUUCUCGAGAUUAGAGUGGCCAGUAAGAACUAUAUCAUUCUCAUAUGAUGGACAGCUAUUAGCUGCUGCAUCUGAGGAUCUUGUUAUAGAUAUAGGUGAAGUAGAAACUGGAGAAAAGAUUGCAGACAUACCAGUGGAAGCAGCAACUUUCACAGUUGCUUGGCAUCCAAAACAAUAUCUAUUAGCAUACGCGUGUGAUGAUAAAGAUACUUAUGAUAGGAAACGAGAUGCAGGCAGUCUGAAAGUAUACGGAUUUGCCAAUGAUUAA